AUGGCGGAAUUGGCGGGAAUACCGUUUCCUAGAAUGGACUGGUCUUCGCCUCAAGCAUUCAAGAGAUUCAGGAAAAUGUGUGAGCUUUACUUCGAGGGACCACUCAAGAGUAAAAGUGAGACAGAGAAAGUCAGCUACCUGCAGAUAUGGACAGGCGACGAGGGUAUUGAGCUCGUUUCCACGUGGAAUUUAACCAAUGAUGAGAAGAAUGAGCUCAGUACUUAUUGGCGAAAAUUCGAGGAGUUCGUCGCACCCAAGAGCAACUUUCGGUUGGCUAGAUACAAAUUACGCACAUUGAGACAGGAACCUGGUGAGUCUGUAGAUCUCUUCCUGAAGAAAAUACGCACUCUAGUCAACGAAUGCAAGUUCAGUAAUGCUAACGAACACAUUACAGACACUCUAAUUUUUGGCUGCAACAAUCCCCGUGUCCAGGCAAAGUUGCUGGAAUAUGAUGACUCACUAACGCUUGAUAGAGCCAUCGAUAUUGCCAGAACGCUGGAGGCUACGAGCAACCAGUUGCACGACAUUAGAGGCACAGAGACUAGAGUAGAUGCAAUGAAGCACGUAGACCGUCCACGUCAAGCCCCAUCGCACAAGUAUAAGAGCACACAGAAGAGUGUUUGUGGAAGCUGCGGCACCUUCCACGACCGAUCUCAGAGACUGAUGUGCCCUGCUUUCGGAACUAAAUGCAAAGCAUGUGGAAAAAGUAACCACUGGCGAUCUGUAUGCCGCUCCUUCAAGACCGCGAACGGAGGGCAAGGAUUCAAGCCGAAAACUGGUUACCACCAAACCAAAGACUCGAGGCUCAAGUACAAACAGGGUAUACAUAGCCUAGCUACUACUAGCACAGAGCAUAGUAAUAACAGGCCAGUUAGCCCUCAACUGUACUCCCACUCACUGCAGAUUGACAGUGUAGGAUCUGUCUACGAUACACAGGCAGUACUCAAGGUACAUGUGGACCGUGGAGGAUGCAACAUGCCGCUGAUAUGCAAAAUUGACACGGGAGCAGAAGGAAACGUCAUUCCGAUUAGCACGUACAAACAGCUGUGUCCAGACCAACACUGCGACUCUAAUGGUACACUCAUCGGAUUAACGCCAUCUGACACUAAGAUUACUGCAUUUGGAGGUCAAUCCAUACAGCACUACGGUACAUGUAUGCUAAGCCUCGCUCACAAUGGAUGCUCCAAUGCAUACCCAUUCCAUGUAGUCAAUGCUGAUGAACAAACUAUCUUGGGUCUCCCUACAUGCCGGGAUAUGAAGCUAGUUACGCUGAACUACAGCAUUACUACGCAACAAGACACGACAGCUACACAGGCGCCUACAGGUGAUCCUGCUGCUAAAGCUGAACUACUGCGUCAACACAAGGAUUGUUUCGAAGGCAUCGGGUGUUUCAAAGGCGAAUUUCACGUCACCCUCGACCCCACAGUGCCACCAGUGAUACAUCCACCACGCCGAGUUCCAGAGGCAUUACGUGAGCCGCUAAAGAGAGAACUGGACUCCCUUACAGCUCAGGGAAUCAUAGUAAAAGUGGAUGAGCCCACAGACUGGGUCAACUCCCUAGUAUGUGUCACUAAGAGUAACGGUGCACUUCGACUGUGUUUAGACCCAAAGGAUCUGAACUCUGCCAUCAAGCGGCCUCACCACUGUACACCAACAAUAGAUGAAGUUCUUCCCAAGCUCAGCGGAGCAAAGUACUUCUCUAUAGUGGACGCUCGCAGUGGGUAUUGGAAUAUUAAGUUAGACCAUGAGAGCUCGCUGUACACAACAUUCAAUACACCACAGGGCAGAUUCCGUUUUUUGAGGUUACCUUUCGGAUUGAUCUGUGCGCAAGAUAUCUUCCAGAAGAAGGUAGACGAAACCUUUGGGGAUUUACCAGGUGUUACUGGGAUUGCCGACGAUAUCAUCGUGUAUGGCUACAGUAUAAGUGACCAUGACAGCAAGCUAAGAGCCGUCAUAAAGCGCACAACUGAAACAGGUCUGUGUUUUAAUGCUGAUAAGUGCAAAAUUCGAUGCACAGAGAUCACCCCUUUUGGCAAUAUCAUCAGCGCCAAUGGACUCCGGCCUGAUCCUAAGAAAGUCGAAGCAAUUAACAUCAUGGACCCGUCAAAAAGCCUUGCAGACCUGCAGACCUUCCUUGGCAUGAUGCAGUUCCUGAGCAGGUUCAUACCAAACCUCGCGGAAUGCGCAGCCAACUUAUGGGAUUUGACAAAGAAAUCCAGUGAAUUCCAGUGGUGCCCAGAGCAUCAGUCUGCCGUAGACAGAAUCAAAAGCAUGAUUUCAUUGUCUAAUUCACUACAGUAUUUCGACAAUGCCAACCCGGUGACUGUUACGUGCUGCACAGCCACGAAGUCAUAG